GUAUCGCGAUGGACGGCGAAGUGCUGCGUGCGGCGUACUGCUGCUGCCUGCGAACGGACGAAUCUCCGUGCUGAGAGGGAGAGAGGUUGCGUGGUGAAGCUCGUGGUCCUCGCCUCGGCUCGCCUCGCGACAGACUUCAAGGCGGAAGCGGAGCGAAGUCGGGCGCGAUCGCUCGGUAACGGACGGUUCGGAGCUCGAGUGAGAGGGAGAAGAUAGAACGAUAGAGUGUGCCGAAUAAUCAGACGAUCCUAGGUCGCGUGUGCUCUCGUAGCGCUGGGUGAAAUCCUCGCCCGAUACCUUACGUGUGUGUCUAGUGUUCGCAUCUAGUGCCGGAACCUGAGGACGGUUGUCAACGAGCGCGACGCACGGCCGGAUACACUCGAGGAGCUUCAUUCGUCGCGGCGGACCCUCGGAUGGUCUCUCGAGCAGGAGAGAGAAAGAGAGAGAGAGAGAGAGAGAGAGAAGACGGAGAGAGAGACGAGGAGCCGAGUCAAUCUCCGGAGAGGAGCUGCGGAUAAGAAACUAGAGGGCUAAGGAUUCGUUGGAAAUUGUGACGCAUCGAUAGUAUGAUGUCGGCGACAUCGUGACAGAUAUAUGACAGCGCACGUGGGAUAACGAAUACGAGCUCCUCGGUGUAUCCUUCUCAAUCAUGUCUCGUUUGUAUACAGAAGACAACGAUAGAAAGAGGAAUUACGUUCUGCCAUAGUAUUGGUAUAAUGUGUAUGUGCGUAUGUGCGCGAGGAUAAACCGAAGAAAGAGAAGUGAAACAUUCUGUAAGGAAUUAUAAAACGACGAGUGAAACGAGUGUAGAAAAAAGUGCGGAGGAAAAGAAUUUCUCUCGUGAAAGAAGAAAAGAUAACAAAGAAAGGAUACAAAGGACGCGAGGAACAAGAGAUCCUUCUACAAGGUCGUCUCGGCUAUGACGAGGACAGGGAGUCGCCUUGAUCGAUCGUCGUUGAUUGAAGCCGCGAAUGCCAGCACGAUCAUCAUCAUCCCAUUGAAUGUGGAAUACGAUCUCGCGGUUCUUCGCUAAGGGCAGUAAGACCGCGGUGGUGCAGGAAGUAGCCUCGCCGCCGCUGUCACCGUCAUCGACGACAACAUCGACGACGACGACGACUACGGUAAAAGACGACGAGCAGCAACAAGACAAGCUCGCGUGCAACGGCGUCGCCGACGACGACGCGUCCGUCGACGGUACGAGCGCCGUCCAUGUGUUCUACAGCACGACGAUGGAUCGCGGCGCGAGUGCAGAAGAUCGACGCAGGCUUGCCGCAGCCUCCGCCGCUGCAACCGGUGCCGCGACGGCAGUGGCAGCAACAGCCGACCAACAACAGUUCAUCGGGGGCGACUCCGAGCACUUUCCCGACUCCUACGACUCUCGUCAGGCCAAACAACGUGCCUCCGUAAAAUGGCUUCUGUCAAAGGCAUACAACAAUCGAGUACCCGAGAAGCUCCGCGAGCCCUAUUAUCGUGAUCAUGAGGAGCAGGAACAUCUGAAACCACAGAUCGUUCACGCGCUUUCCAAUGCGGAGCUCUACUGUCUCGCGCUGGCCAACAUAUAUUCGGAUCCCAACUAUCACAAUCAGAAUCACUACGGGAUCCUGCAGGCCCUGGCCAGGAAAGGCGUCUACGUCGCGGAACAGAACAAUACUCAGCUCACCGAAACGAUUCUCAUUCAAAAUUCACCACUCAAGAUGUCUGCACAUAUGGCUGUGAUAGAAGGCCUAAUGGUCUUAUACGCGAAGGAGGUGGUAACGGGCGACCGAGUUGUCUCGGCGAUACGACGGUUUGACCCCCAGGCCGAGGUGGACGUGCCCUCGGAUCAUGAGAAGGGUCUCUUGCUCUGGAUCAAUCACGCGUCGCACGCGCUAAUCGCUAAGAUUCAGAGCGAAGAUGGUGCCGGCGACAAGACACGGUUGCCCGAGCUACCAGCCGCUAAGGACUUCCAAUCUCUGUGCGACGGCGUCGGCUUGGCAGCCGUCGUCGCGUUCUACUGUCCAGGCGAGCUCAACUGGAUGGACAUCAGGGUGUCGAAAAGACCUUCGGUGGCGGAUGCCCUGCACAAUCUUUCCCUGGUACAGGCGUUCUGCGUUAAAUGCCUGCCCUAUUCGAUUUUCCACAUGCAACCCGAGGACGUUACGUACAUGAGAGGGUCAAUGAAGCAAAACUUGGUGGUUUUUCUGGCGGACAUAUAUAAUGUUUUGGAGAUUCAUCCGGCAAAAUGUGUUCGUUAUCCCGGAGAAGAGCGCGCGAUGCAAUACUUAGAUGCCUGCCCGCGCAAUAGUCAUGGCGUAGCUCAUAAGAGAAGUCUGCCACAGUCUAUAGCUCCGAUACCCGAUCUGAGAAGCAACCUCUCCAUAUCCGCGCCAGGGUUCACAGUUGCAAAAUCGGCUUCCAACACUAUUGUAAAAAAGUCACAAUCUUUGCAACAAACUGCCGAGAGUCAUCCGUACGACGAUAGACGCGCAGGUAGCGAGGAGAGCUUCGUGGUGCAUCGUGGCAAGGGCAUUCCCACAUUGAGCUCCGUGGCGGACGAUAAGUCCGCCAGAACUGAAGCCGCGGGUCGGCCGAGCAACUGGGAAGAUCAACGGCGGAGCUCUUACGCCGGACGUCGAUCCAGACGGAACAGCAUCACGGAUGAUUCUCAGCUGACCAUCGAAAACUUUGGCGGAUCUCAGGAUAAUUUACACAAUUUUGGUAGAAAUCCGGAUAAAGAGGUAGGCGUGCACAUCGGCAAGCGCAGCACGACCGAACCGACGUUGCCCGCACGAUCCAGCGUCCAGGAUGUGUACGGCAGCGGCGUGCAGCAUAUAAUCGCGGACAACGGUUACAACGGCAGUAACGGCGGCGAGGAGCCUCCACCGCGGCUGCUGCGACGACAGGCGUCCAACAGCAGUCUGGAUAACGUCGCUCUUCGGCAAAUCUUACAUUCCGGCGCAGAGAAUGACGGCAGUGUCGCUGAUAGCGGCGAUGGUGGUGGCGGCGAUGCCGUCCCGAAAUUUGCCAGUUUCGCGAAUCUGAACAGACAGAGCUCUGAAAAGGGGAUCAACUUUACGUAUAUGGAACAGGAGCGGCAGGAUGACGUAAAGCAAUCGAGCAAGAGGCACGGUCAGAGUAACGGCAACGGGGAGAAGAAAACGACUUUUGCCACUCUGCCGAACACGACCACGUGGCAACAACAAAGCAACCAGCAGUCGCAACAGAUGGAACAACAUUCUAUUGAUGAGAACGGCGGCAAUACCAUAAUGGCCUCGCAGUUGAAUAACAUACGGCUGAAACUUGAAGAGAAGCGACGACAUAUAGAGAACGAGAAGCGAAGGAUGGAAGUUGUUAUGUCGAAGCAACGACAAAAAGUGGGCAAGGCAGCGUUCUUACAAGCGGUGACAAAGGGUAAGGUUAAAUCUCCCUCUUCGUCAACGUCCGGGGGGGACAGUCCGGCCGAGACAGUCGGUCCCCCCACUCCUGUAACCUCCGGAUCUUCCGGGGCGACUCCGACGAGCGUUUCCGAGGCGUUCUCUGUACCCCAACAACCCCCUCAAGAAAAACCACAGAGACCCUUCUCGCUCAAGGAAAUUAGUGAGGAUGUGCGAGAUGUGGAGCACAAAUGGUUGGAACACGAUGGUAACGCGCCAUUCAUCGAAACUAGACGCACCCCGGAUAUCGAGAACAUGGAUCCGGAACAAUAUCGUCAAUCUAUAACACAAAUGAAUACCAGCCUGAGCGAGAUUCAAGCGGAUAUACAGCGUUUGGCGAGCCAACAGAAUCAGAUACAGCAGCAACACCUGAUGACGCAGCAUCAGAAGCAGAUGCAACAACAGCUUCAACAACUGCAGAGUCUCAGUCAGCAGCAUAUGCAAUCUUACGGAAUGCCACCAAUGAAUCCGUUAACACCCAGACUACAGGAUCCGCAACAAUCGCAGUUCUAUUUGCAUGAUCAACCGCAAGUGCAGAGGAGAAUGUGGGGUCAGCCGGCACCCGCCCAAAGCCUGGCCAAUGAAAUGGCCGCGGUGGGCUAUCAGCAGUCUAUGGAUUCCCGAUUUAGUCCUCAACCUGCCGCUUAUCAGCAGGAUAUGCGCAUAUACGCGGAUCCCACGAGGACUUGGGCCACGCAGCACCCAACGCAGAAGGGAUUCGUCCUGCACGAUACUCAGGAACCAAGAUACCUCAAUGGUGGGGAUCAUAGUCUGUGUAAUAAUCAAAUGAGCCAUUCCGGCCCCACGUAUCCGGCGUCUUCGCUUUUCAACCAAACACAAGCCACAUCUGCUAGUCCGCAACAUCGUAACGCUGUUCAUCGAAUAAGUCAGUUAAUUAGUGAAAGUCCCGAGCCGAAAAGAUCAACUGUACAUCACAUCCCGAUCUCAUGCGAAAGUCCAACGGAAAAGAGGCAGGUUACUGCUUUGCACACUCCUGUACCAGCUCCUCCUGCCGAUGAUAUGAAGCCACAGAAUAUAUCUUUUAUUGGUAAUGAUGACGAUAUCGCGCAAGGUAUUCGAGGCUUGAACAUCACGUCUGGUAGUCGUACGUAUAGAAUACCGUCGCCAACCAGACCCGCGAUAUCGCAAAAUUCCUUCCAACCUCAUCCGUCUCUAAGGGAAACGAUUUCGUCGCGUUCAGCCACUCCGGACGUCACGCCUCUCGAUUCUACGGACGCUGAGAAAGGAUUCUAUAUUUCCUUCGAUAAUGACGCUCCCAAGAAGCCGAAGCCGACUCUUAGGGUGAAAAGAAUGUCCCCGAAGAAGGAACGAAGUGUGUCGUCUUAUAUCGAGCACGAGGACUUUAUGCGUUCUGAAUCGCCUCCUGUUAGCGUAGUUGAAAAGCAUAAGCAAGUGGAAGCUCAGCGAGAAUUAGAACGGGAGAGAUUGCGGCAAGCCGAAGAAAGGGAACAGCAGAGGCAAGAAAUGAGAGACAGAGAGCUUAAGAGAGAAAUAGAGAGGGAACGGCAAAGGGAGAAACAGCGCGAUGGCAGCACAGAAGGACGACAUGCUUCCGGAGUUGGUCUGGUGAUUGGGAAUCAACUUACAAAUCCCGAUCCAAACUCUAUGGACGAAAUGGAGAAAAAGAAAGAGAGGAUAAUGCUAAUGUCGCUGCAGAGAAGACAAAGACAGGAGGAAAUGAAAGAAAGAAAGGAAAUGGAGGCCCAAGCACGUAGGGAACAAGAGAAACUCAAGGCAGAGGAGAGAGCUCGUAAAAAAGAGGAAGAACGACAGAGGCGAGCCGCUAUCUUGGAACAUCAUAAAGUGAAGAAGGCGAUAGAAGAAGCGGAGAGAGAAGGUAAAGUAAUCGAUAAGGAGCUCCUCAACGCGAUAAAUCCAGCAAAAUUACGUAGCAAGACUGGAACCGCUCGACCACGGCCCAAAACGAUUCACGGAGACGCUGGUACAGUGUUGGACUCCGGGGCUCUUACACCUAGUCGCGGAAAGAAGGGUUCCUCUUCUAAUUUGAGUACAGCGUCGCUGACCUCCCCGACGAUGAGGCGAGACUACUACCGGGGCUCACAGGAUAGUCUCACUGCUGCUCAUCUCGAUGACCGACGUUGUUCCGGCCCUCUUUAUCGGGGCGGCAGUCUCAGGGUAUCUUCCGUAGAUUCGCCUGAUGAUGGUAGAGGCUCAUCGCCUUGUCGCAGCGUGAAUCAGCUCGGCCGACGUGGCUCUUACAAGACUUCUAGAGAUGCGCAGGAGUCUCAACAACAGGUUAGAGGCAGGCCUAAAUACCAGACUUACCAAAACUUUAAGGGGAGAAAGUCUAAUUCCCUGAUGAAUUUGUGCGAUUCGGACAGCGGCUUGGGCAGAUCGACGCCACCGAGACGCGCCGCCAGUCCAGGUAUAGGCAGCAUGAGGCAUUUGACGUCACCCUCCGGCCCCGGCUCGCUACCACCCGCCCUGAUGACGUCGAAGAAGAGGAUCUACGACGAUGGCAGUAGCGAUAUUAGCAGCACGCCUAGUUCAAUGAUGGAUUACAACGGUCCGAGAUUAUAUAAACUGCCGAUAGCCAAGUCAAAUCGCAACAUAAUGCUGAACGCCGUGGAAUACUGCGUCUUCCCUGGUACGGUGAACAGGGAAGCUAAAUCGAGAGUCCUAGAGGAGAUCAGUCGAUCCGAGAGCAAACACUUUCUCAUCCUGUUUCGAGAUGCCGGCUGCCAAUUCCGCGCUCUCUACUCGUACUGUCCCGAACGGGAAGAAGUAGCCAAGCUGUACGGUACUGGGCCCAAACAAGUCAUCGAUAACAUGUUCGACAAAUUUUUCAAAUAUAAUUCCAGCGGAAAAUGUUUUUCGCAAGUUCACACGAAGCAUCUGACGGUGACCAUAGAUGCCUUUACGAUACACAACAGCCUCUGGCAAGGGAAAAAGGUGAACUUACCGAACAAGAAGGACAUACCACUCGUCAUAUAGUUUUACACAAGUGGUCACACACUUAACAUUACGCUACCGUGCCCUCUGUUGUUCAUAGUUACUAUUUUAAUACAGGCCCAUAUUAAAUUAAUGCGAAUACAUUGCGUUUCUUAGUCAAUUUUAUAAGGACAAUUGAUCGGUGCUGACCCCGAUAAAGAAAUCAUCACAUCGAUGCGUAAAUUCGCCCAUCUCUCGUGAUUCGCACGACGUCGCUUCUGAAAAAAAAAGGGAAGGAUGGACGAGGGGGGAGCGUUGUUAGAUAAACUGUUGCGCUUUUUUUUCCUUUCUUGUUUCUAUGUUUUCUAUCUUUUGUUAAGAACGUCAGCAUCAAUCACUGUGUCAUAAAAAUUUACCAGUAUCUACUUAUAUAUAAGAAUGAUUUGUGUUGUAUACAAUAUACCCCCUUUUAAAUACACCCUUCCUCCGAUUUUGCGGACUAACUCGACAUGUGUAACCGUCUUGUAAUCGUGUAAAUCGCCGUGUUGCGACUGUGUGGGCGUGCGACUGUACUGAAUAUUUGCAUGUUUUUUUUUUUUAAGUAAUUUUUUUCCUAAAUUUAUUCUGCGAAGCAGAGCGAGAAAAAGAGAAGGCGCCUAUUCUUGCGCGCAUGUAUGUAUGUGUUUAUGUGUGUGUGUAUGUGGAUAAUGCGAUUUGCGCACAGGUCUUUUUUUUUUUUUUCAUUCUUCGUCUAAGCUAGGGGUUUAAAUUAUUGAACGAUUAUAUUAUAUUCUCUAGAGCGUUUGAAACUUUUUAAAGAGUAUAAGGUAAAACUAUGCGAAUAUGAGGGAUCAUUAAUUUUACAUGCAAAUCGCUCACUUCGUUUUUUAUUUCUCCGCGCUCUCUGUGUAUAAUUCGCCGCGAUGCAUCUCUACCAGAAAAAUUUCAUUUCUUUUUUAUAUUUUUAUAUGUAUCUUUUUUUUUUAAUUGGGAGAUAUUGCUUUUUGAUACUCGUUUGUUAUAUUUUACCAGUUGAAAUAUGAUAUCGGCAGAAUGCUCGUCGCGGCUCUCAAACGAAUGGAAGACGAUUGAAUUAAUGAUUUCUCAUGCUGCGUAUUUCUAUGCGAUUUUCUCGCGACUGUUGACGAUUGUAACGCGUAGCGCGAUUCUUAUGGUGUCCCUCCUCUUUUCUUUUUUGCGAGAGAAGAAAUGAUUUUGCAACGUGGUGGGUACGAACGGACAGCUCAUGUAAGUGAAUAAGUUUCUUGCUUAAUUAGCGAAUGUGUUUUCUUGUAAGGAUGAUGAUGUUUGCGACAUUAUCGUUUCUGCGAGCGACAAACGCUGUGCAAGGCAUGUAUUAGUUUACGCCAAAGCGAAUGAUGUGUUUCGUCGAAAGAUUAGAUAGUUAUCAUUGUGUAUAAAAGAUGGAUGUUUUUGCAUAAGUAUAUUGUUGCCUCGCGGACGGGCUGCGGGGAAAGAAACGUUUGCUUUCCCUAGUUGCGCUUCGAUCGUGUUCUUCAUCGUCUUGUAAAGGGAAGGUGGAUGAAAUGGCUCGCCGUGUUAAAACUGCGAAUUUUAUCGAUAGAACUUUUUCAAAUUAAUGAAACCUCGCGAUUUUUUGCGAAAAUUGAUUAUCUCGAGAGUCAAUAUUCCACUUUCCUCCGGAAGUAUAAAAAGGAAACCUUAUGUUAUGAACAUUGUAAUAUUGGACUAAGUGCGUAAAGACAUUUAACGAAUUGACAGCCUCAAACCUGUAUUGAAUUUUCUCAUGGAUAUCCCGCCAUCUCUAAGCGAAACUUCAGUCAGUCCGAACGAACAGAUUUGUGUGUAUGUGGAUGAUGUUAAUUUAUCGGAAGAACUAUACUAUAUUUAUUGUGCCAUAUAAAUUCGACGUUCGCCUUUCGCGUGGGACUGGCAUCGGCUUCCUAUUCUCACUGAAUGGAUAUCUAUAUAUUUCUUUCAACGUCGUUUUCGACGUUGGUGUAAAAACAAUGAGAGGAGAGAGAGGGGACUAGGGAUAGGUAGACUUAAAGUAGACAUUUUAUACGACAAUAUCGGGGGUCUAUCUCGUUUUUGUACGAUUAUUUUCGCUCCGGAUAUUUUCGUCCAUCACGGGACGGGAUCUAUCCAAAUAUUGUUCUCUGAUCAUUUUGUACGAUAAGUCUUCGACUCGGCCGGAAUAAGCGUAUCCGAGCAUAGGUAGACCCUCCAUAUUCCGCGACGGCGUAACGAAACGUAACACAGGAUUAUUAAGGACACAAAUACGCGACAUAUCGAAUUUCGAUGUUGAAGAGUAUGUAUUUUCAAUUCGUAUGGGAUGCCAGUCAAUCUGGCUUUAUUCGUCCCACUUUUUAAUCAUCGUGUAACACGAGGGAUUUAUGAGAUUAAACUCCGUCGAGAUUACAGUAACCGAGAAAGAAGUUCACUGCUCUUAUAUUCCUGUCUAUUGUAAAUCUACCCGAAUAUUAUGAAGCGAGAGAAAGAGAAUUAUCAGAUAGAGAAUCUUAGAUUCAGAAACAGUCCGACCUGACAAUAUCGAACGUGAGGUACGCGCCAUAAAAAAGAAGAAAAAGAAUAAGAUCUUUUUGAAAUGGAGUGUAAAUUGCGGUAAGUCCAUGUGGUGAUGAUGUUUGAGGAGAGAGAGAAAGAGAUAGAUAUGAUUGCGAUAAACAAAUAUAUAUAUAUAUAUAGUCACUAAUCUUUAAGAGCCAAUGAAAAUAAUGGCUUAUGGAGAUGGGAUUGAUUACAUACAAAGUUACGACGUUACGAGAGAUUUCUCAAUGAUCGCUCUUUUAUGCUUAAUAUUAUUUUUCGAAAAAUAGAUAUUAUUAGUGAGCUGAUGGAAAAAAAAACGUGGCGCUAGAGACAGAUGGGAUAAUUGAACGAAGACGAAAAAGGGGACGAAGGAAGGCAGAGAGAGAGAGAGACACAAUUGCAAAAAUUGCGGCGCGACGGAAAUUUGUACGCCGUGAUUUAAUCGCGCUUACUAAUAAUAAUAAUAAACAAUUAUAUCGUUACGUAAAUAUAUAUAUAAUUGCCGAUUUUUAUUGUCGCAAGAAAUUUCAACACGUCAAGGCGAAUCAGUUCUCCUAUAUCCGCGCCGCACGCGCGUGUCUGUAAAUAUAUUAUGUUUUUAUAUACAUAUAAAAAAACGAAACGUAUACCUACCUACUCGACGAUAUGUAUAUUUAUUCAGUACAUCAUGUAAGAUUUGGGUCAUAAUUUACUGUUAGCAUCUCUUCGCAGCGAAUGUCAUCUAAAUAAAAUUUAAUAACCCACUUA